ACGCGCGGGAGGGGGGAGCCCCCGCCCCUCCCGCCGGUCAGCGUCACGCGUGACGUUACGCGUGAUGGGUGGGAGGGCAGGAGCAGGGGCGACGCGCCUAGAGGAAGGCGGGUCUCGGAGCUGCAGAAACCGGACGCCCAGGAGCUCGGGAAAGCAAAAUGGGUGAGUUGCCCUUAGAUAUCAAUAUCCAGGAACCUCGCUGGGACCAAAGCACUUUCCUGGGCAGAGCCCGGCACUUCUUCACUGUUACCGACCCCCGAAAUCUGCUGCUGUCUGGAGCACAGCUGGAAGCUUCACGGAACAUCGUGCAGAACUACAGGGCUGGCGUGGUGACACCCGGGCUCACUGAGGACCAGCUGUGGAGAGCCAAGUAUGUGUACGACUCUGCCUUCCAUCCCGACACAGGGGAGAAGGUGGUCCUGAUUGGCCGUAUGUCAGCGCAGGUGCCCAUGAACAUGACCAUCACUGGCUGCAUGCUCACCUUCUACAGGAAGACCCCGACAGUGGUGUUCUGGCAGUGGGUGAAUCAGUCCUUCAACGCUGUUGUUAACUACUCCAACCGCAGUGGCGAUGCUCCCAUUACUGUGGGGCAGCUGGGAACAGCUUAUGUGAGUGCCACCACUGGUGCGGUGGCCACAGCCCUGGGACUCAAAUCCCUCACCAAGCACCUGCCCCCCCUGGUUGGCAGAUUUGUGCCCUUUGCAGCGGUGGCAGCUGCCAACUGCAUCAACAUCCCCCUGAUGAGGCAGAGGGAACUGCAGGUGGGCAUCCCAGUGACUGAUGAGGAAAGUCAGAGACUUGGCCACUCGGUGGCUGCAGCCAAGCAGGGAAUCUUCCAGGUGGUGAUAUCAAGAAUCUGCAUGGCCAUUCCUGCCAUGGCCAUUCCCCCCGUGAUCAUGGACACUCUGGAGAAGAAAGACUUCCUAAAGCGUCGCCCUUGGCUGGGGGCACCCCUGCAGGUGGGACUGGUGGGCUUCUGCCUGGUAUUUGCCACCCCCUUGUGCUGUGCCCUGUUCCCUCAGAGAAGCUCCUUACAUGUGAGCAGGCUGGAGCCAGAGCUGAGAGCUCAGAUCCGUGAGCAAAACCCUGACAUCGAAGUGGUUUACUACAACAAGGGGCUUUGAGGGAGGAUCAGCCCCUGGCCCCCUCCCUCACCUCCUUGUGGCUGCUGCUUUAGCAGAGCCUUACCCUCCUGGCCACUUACCCAUCUGCCUGGUACUGGUUGGGGGCUUUGGUGGGGAAGCAGCCAUUGAGAGCAGCAAUCCAUUAGGCUGAGAGAGGUGCCCCAAUUAAGCCUUUUUCUGUCCUCUCUGGUUUCUAAGAGCAGGGCCACAUAAUCCUUUUCUCCUAUGCUUCUAUGUCUACAUGUAUACAUAUACGAGACAUGCGCACGUGCAUGUGUGUAUCUGUGUACAUGCCGUCCUGGAAGCUAGGAACAGACACACUGUCCUCGGAUAUUUUGAUAUCUGGCCUCUCUCCUCGGCAUUGUGCCACCUGUCAGUCAGCCAGGCUACACGACUUUCCUGCCUCAACAGUUCUACUGGCCAAGUCAUUUCUAGUGGCACCUCUCCCCUUCUGGACACAGGAGGAGCCCCAGGAUCACAGCACAGAGUCUAAGGGACACUAGCAGGCCCAACUGGGCUGAAUCCUUCAGAUUUCUGGUUCCUGGGUCCCAAAGCUGAUCCAGGAACUGGGGUGGCAGAGGAAGAUAUACCAGGAUAAGAGAAGCAGGGGUUUUAUGCAUCCUCCACAUCCUGAAGUAGAUCAUUUCCUCUUCUCUCCUCUAUCAGAACAAAGGAGUGUCAGUAUCCUGUACCACUCUUGCCAUCUUCCCAUCUCAUUCCCACUGCAGUGUGGGCAUCUUUGGGUACAAUCUUAGGAGUUCUUGGUCUGCUCUGACAUCAUAGCCUCAAAUCUACACGUACAGUCCCAACUCCUUCCCCAAACCAAAAAGCCAUGAAGGCAGAGCAAACAUUCCCCUUUAAGAGCUCCCACUGCACCCUCUUACAGAGGGACACAGCUGUGGGAAUGGUGCUUAACCUCCACAGGUAUCUGAGUGGAUGUAACUAGGACACCCUCAAGGGCAAGUAGGCCCUGAGUGUACAAUCUUAAGACAGGAAAUUUUGUCUUCUGUUGACUCUUGUCAGACAUUCAGCAGAACCCUGACCCUAGCUUCUCUUUUUUGAGGCUUAGCCCUGCUCCUACCUCUACUCCCACUCCCACCUCCCAAGAGGAAGAAGAGCCUGGGCAUCCAUAGGUGGUCUAAAUGGGAGAUAGGCAUGGGAAUGGGAGUGUAGAGUGUAGAGGUACACUCAUAGAAUACAGGGCUGGACCUUGACUUCAACUCCUAUGAGCUCUGGCUGAAGCAAUGGGUGGGACAGAUGAAGGCCCCAGUGGGAUCCCCCAAGAGUACUUUCCUGCUCCUUCAACUAUCUGCCAUCAGUGACUAAAACUAUGAUGCCAUUGCUACUCAAUAAACUGAAAACCUGUCUA